AUGGGAGGUAGAGGUGGUUCUGCAGGAAGAACAAGGAAUAGCGAAAUAGGUGGUGUGGAGAAUAUCACCUGUCAGGAUAACCAAGAUAGUUCACACAACAUACCACUAAAUGGUGGCCGUGAGGAUAAUGAAGGCCAUGGGGGUAAUGGUGGCGGUGGAGGUAAUGGUGGUAAUGGAGGACAAGGUGGUAAUGGUGGUCGGGGUGGAGGAGGGGGUAAUGGAGGACAUGGUGGCAAUGGAGGACAUGGCGGUAAUGGUGGUGGUGGAGGUGGGGGUAAUGGAGGCCAUGGGGGUAAUGGUGGUAGUGGCGGUAAUGAGGAUGUUUGGAAUGACGGUAAUGGAGGCGAUGGUGGUGGUAUUGAAGGACAUGACGAUGAGUGGUGGUGUUGGCGUUGGGGUAAUUAA